AUGACCUGUCCGUCACCCCCGACACUCGACCCGGAAAAGCUGCUUCGCCUGGAGCUGGAGGUCGUCAGCCUGCAGCAGACCCUCCAAGCAGCCCUGCUCGACCACCAAACCAGAGUGGCCACCAUCCACCGCCUCCAGCAGGGGCUGCAGGAGGCUGAAGAGCGGGCUGAGGUCUCGGAUCGGCGCAGUCUGGAGCUUGCUGAGCAGGUGCUGGUCUCGGAGGAGCGCGCCUCGGCAGCCGCCCGGCAGCUGCAGGCCACCGAGGCCCAGCUGGCCUCCCAGCAGGAGAGCCUGCGCAGCGGGCGGCGGCGCGUGGCCGCCGCUGAGGCCCGUGUGACCGAGGUGUGCGUCCAGCUGGCCUCCUGCCAGCAGGGUCUCCGGGAAGCCGAGGCACGAGCUACCUCGGCCGAGGCUCGGGCGAGCGCGGCCGAGGCUCGGGCAAGCGCGGCCGAGGCCCGGGCAGAUGCGGCCGAGGCACGUGCCGCCACAGCCUUGUGCGCCCCGGCCUCUGUUGCGCCCUGUGACGCAUGGGCCCCCUGCGCCGCCUCGGACCGGCCCGCCUGCGAUCCUAUGUUAGACCCCAGCGCGGCACAGGUGGGCCACCUGCUCCGGCCGGAGUCGGGCGACCCAGGGAAAGAGCAGCGCGGGACCAGCACCUCCGAACCCCUGUCCUCCGGCACGACCGCGCCUGACCCUGACCUGAAGCGGGCCUUGGAUCCAGAGCACGCCGCACCCGCGCUGCAGUCCCUGCUGGUCCAACCAGGGCAGCCCGACGUAGACCCAGGAGGGCACUGCAAGGUCCAAUGGGCGCGGGCCCCCAUCAGGGGCUGGCCGACGGAGGUGGUCGUCCCCGUGGGCGCGCCCACCGGGCCGCUGGGCGAGAGCCGGCGGGGUCCACCGCCAGGGUCCAGGCACACCGGCCCCGCUCCGAAGUACGGCCAGGACCCUGCCUUCAGGGAGGUGAAGGCAGCCUACGUCGCCGCACUGGCGAAGGCCCAGCCUCACGCCGACCGCUGGGCCGGCAGGGCACCGGACAGGGCCGAGGCAAUGGUCGCAGACCCAAAGCGGGUCGAACCCGUGGUGGAGGGCUUGGUGCAGCUCUGCGCGGAGGCCGGGGUGGACCUGCCCCUCGUCCGGCGGGGGCCCUGCCAGUACAGCCUGGGCGCCGCCCGGCUCAGCCUGCGCCUGGUCGGCGGGCAGCUGGUGAAGCGCUGCGGCGCCGGCCACCUUCCCCUGCUCGACUGGGUGGAGCGACAGGCUGUGCCGGCAGGGCGCGCCGGCCGGGUGGCACGAUGA